AUCACGAGGUAUUCUGUCCCGUGAGUAUGGGUAAAUACACGGUGAGCUCGAUCUGACCUGGGAGAACUUCUCGUUUUUUUGAGGUUCCAACUUCCAGUCCGUGCCUCGAUGUCAGGAUACUACAUCAUGUACCACUCGAUAGACCUUCAUCCAUCGUGGAAACAGAAAUUAUGGCUUGAAAAGAUCAAGAAACUGGAGGAGAAGGAGAUCUGGUUGAAAGAGCACCCUCUUAUACCAGAUUACAAACCAAGACUUACAGAGCCAUCACCAUUCUGGUUGGUGUUUUUCAGGCAGAAGCAAGCUUUUGAAUGUACAACUGCUCAUCCUCAGGACGUACACACCUUUGCUUUUGAGCCUGAAAACCUGAAGAAUUCGACUGGGAAGGGUCUUCGAAAGUAUCUUGUGACUAGCUACGCCCAGCUUUGGCACACCAUCAAAUCAUUGGCCCACAGUGAGCGUUAUGGUUCAUUCUACGAGGUCAUCCCUGAAGCUGCAGCGUGUAAGCUUUAUUUUGAUCUUGAAUUUAGAAGAGAUUUGAACUCUGAUGCUGACGGUGAAGCUAUGGUACAGAUACUGAUCAAGUUAGUAUGCUUUGAACUUCAACAAUUUUAUGGGAUCCAUUGCAGUGAAAGUCAUGUGAUCAACUUGGAUGCCAGUACAGGGUCAAAGUUCAGUCGUCACCUGAUCUUCAUCAUACCUGGUGCAAUCUUCAAAGACAACCUACAUACAGGAAAUUUUGUGCAAUACCUAUGCAGAAGAAUAAAAUCUUACUGUAGUCAUCUAGAACAGUUUUCAAAUGGCUCACCAAAUCCAAGCAAAGGAGCUACUGGUCAUCUUGGAUGUAAUGAAAAUGGAUCAUCAUGUAGUGACGACCAAGAACCGCCAUCAAAGAAAAUGAGAGGAGAGAUAUCAGAUGAUGAGAGCAGUAGCCAUGGUAACCAGAGGCUAGGCCAGGCAGCCAAUAAAGAUAGUGAUAGAAAAGAAUUCCCUGAGAAAGACAAGUUGAAGAAUCUUUACAUCAAUGUAAACGAUGGAGGAAAAGAGUUGUUUAUUGAUACAGCUGUGUAUACACGCAACAGGAAUUUUCGCCUCUUCAAGUGCGUCAAGCUGGGAAAGUCAAAUCCUCUCUUGGUUGCCAAGGACAACAGAUACCAAAUGAAGACAAAUUCCAAGAAGAAAUCUCCAAGAUCAGGAGGAGAUGACUAUCAUUUCUUCCUCGAUUCGAUCAUUACACAUGUCAAGUUUGCACCACAUACCAAAGUGUUAACCUGUGUUGGCGCUGAAGGCUCAGGCAGAGGAUUCAGACGCAAGGUUAACUACGACGGUAGCAAUGCAUCGAAGAGAGAAGAGCGUGCAGAGAAAGUUGAGGGGUACCAGUCAUCCCCCUUUCCAGAGAUUGAUUCCUACAUCAGGAAAUACUGCAUCUCAAAAGGGGGCGUGGCAGGGGAGAUCAGGAGAUGGACCUAUUUCUCCGAGGCUCAGCUCUUGGUCUAUGACAUCAUCCAGAACAGGUGGUGUGAGAAUAUCGGCAGACAGCAUAGGAGCAAUAAUAUCAUGAUCUUGGUGGACUUGAGACGAGGCGUAUACUACCAGAAGUGCCACGACCAAACCUGCCGAGCACAGAACUUCAAAUCAGAUGAACUUCCGAUACCACCAGAAUUCCUCCCAUCAUUCACCGAGUGGGACGAGGAAGAAUUGAUCAAUGUUUCCAUUCAAGUAGAAGAAGAUGCAAGGUCCAACGAUAUGAAUCUGAGCACUUCUUUCUCUGACUUUGAUAGUUUUCUAGACGAUGGUGCCGAUGAGGAGUUGAUGAAGCUCGGGGAGAGGUUGGAUCCUGCGGAAUCUGGUGAUAAUGGCUCUUCUUCAAAACAAGCAAUGAAAAGCAAAACAAGGAGUGAUGCUGCCUCAGCUAGAGAUCCAGAGGAGCGGAUCAGGUUUGCAGAGAGGUUAGAUAGUUAUAGGGCUUCAGUUGAAGAUUUAGGACCACAUAGAGAAGAUAAUGAGGUUAGGAGAACUUUGGGGAAGGGUGAUGAUGGUUGGGAGGAUGGUAUCACUGAUGAUGAACUGUUGAGGAGUCUUCAGGACUGAUCAAGACUUUGAGGGAAGGAUACCAAUGUUUGGGAGGAGGGUAUCACUGAUGAUGAACUGAUGAGGAGUCUUCAGGGAUGUUUGGGAGCAGGGUAUCACUGAUGAGGCAAAAACAUCCAGACAUGAUCCAAGACAGAUACACUUGUACCCAGAAUUAGCCAAACCUUGAAGAAGUACUCUCCCAGAAAGUGCACAUGCUGUCCUAUAGAGGGUUGUGUUGUGUCGUGUGCUGCCAGAGCUUCAGGUGGUGUUGUGAUCCUGUAUUCUUGGUGUACUACAGUGUGCUAGGUGUGUUGUGCAAGAACCAAGGCAAGACAUGUCUCAAGACACUUAAGUAAAGCAAUGAGAAUAACUUGUCAAAGUUGAGCUCUUCUUCAAUUUCUCACUGAUGUCUCAGCUUCCGAGACACAAGACAAUUUCCUUGAGACAGAGACCAAGAUACGAUCACUGUCUCAAGACUGUCUGAAGCAGAUCAAUCCAUGUCCCAAACGUCUUCCAACUUCAGUAUAAUUUUAAUGGGCCCUUCUUUCAUGGUUCUAUGCUGUUUGCUAAGAUGUAGUUAAAUCUUUCUACAUUUGUUGACAAUUUAUCAAUUUUUGUCUCGCCUGCAUAGCAGAGCGAGACUAUAGGCGCUGCUUUUCCAACGGCGGCGUCGUCAACAUUGAAAUCUUAACCAAGGUUAAGUUUUUGAAAUGUCAUCAUAGAAAGUAUAUGGGCCUAGUUCAUGAAAACUUGGACAUAAGGGUAAUCAAGUAUUACUGAACAUCCUGCCUGAGUUUCAGGUCACACGACUAAGGUCAAAGGUCAUUUAGGGUCAAUGAACUUAGACCAUGUUGGGCGAAUCAAUAUCGAAAUUUUAACCAAGGUUAAGUUUUUGAAAUGUUGUCAUAACUUUGAAAGUAUAUGGACCUAGUUCAUAAAACUUAGACAUAAGGGUAAUAGUGUAUCACUAAAGAUCCUGCUUGAGUUUCAGGUCACAUGAUGAAGGUCAAAGGUCACUUAGGGUCAACAAACUUUGGCCAUGUUGGGGUUAUUUGAGGAAUUAUCAUCAUAACUUUAAAACUUUAUGGAUCUAGUUCAUGAAGCUUGGACAUAAGAGCAACCAUGUAUCCCUGAAUAUCAUGUGUGAGUUUCAGGUCACAUGACCAAGGUCAAAGGUCACUUAGGGUCAACGAACUUUGGCCAUAUUGGGGGUAUAGGAGGAAUUGUCAUCAUAAAUUUGAAAUUUUAUGGAUCUAGUUCAUGAAACGUGGACAUAAGAGCAAUCAAGUAUCCUUGAAUAUCCUGUGCUAGUGUCAGGUCACACGACCAAGGUCAAAGGUCAUCUAGGGUCAUCAUACUUUGGUAAUGUUGAGGUUAUUUGUGGAAUUGUCAUCUUAACUUUAAAAGUCUAUGGAUCUAGUUCAUGAAAUUUGGACAUAAGAGCAGCAAUGUAUCCCUGAAUACCCUGUGUGUGUUUCAGGAACAUGGCCAAGAUCAAAGGUCAUUUGAAGGUCAAUGAACUCUGGCCGUGUUGGGAGUAUGUGUUGAAUUGGCAUCAUAAUUUAGGAAGUUUAUGGAUCUAGCUCAUGAAACAUCGACAGAAGGGUAAUCAAGUAUGAAUGAUUGUUUUGCACAUGUCUUAGGUCACAUGAUCAUGAUCAAAUGUCAUUUUGGGUCAUUGGACAUAAUAUUUUAUUAUCAUGUUAGUGUUUUCUUCUGUGAAUAAUUAUUCAUAAGCUGUUUUCAAUUCUUCAUUUCUACUUCAAGUCAUGAUAAUUCUAGAGCAUUACAAUAUUUUAUAUGAAAUAAAUGGACAGUGAUUUUCCGUUUUACCGGUAAAUAAAACAAAAUUCUGUUUGGUUCGUAUACUUUUCAUUUAAAAAUUCAUGGAAUUCACCUUUGCAAAACGGAAUUCAGGUUUUUGCUUUGUACAUUUUCAGUGACAAAACAGAAUUUCCAUUUUUAGAUCCAAGUUGAAAUGGAAUUACAGAUUUUCAGAAACGGAAAAGACCAUUUUUUAAAAUGGAAAAUCACUGUCUCUAGAAUAGAAAUCAGAAGCAAAUCAUUUCAGGAAAUUCCCACUUUUUUGGGUAGGAUAUACAUAUUCUAUUGAAUUUUAGAUAUGUAAAUUAGUGGUAUUGGUAUUGGUGGUGAUUUUUUUACCUGAUUGCUAAGAAAGCAUGAAUGCUUGUAAGCAAGCAACCAGAGGACCGACGGCGUAAGGUCCUCUCUGAAGGACCUGGUACUGAGGAUUAAUGCCUUACCAAAGGGCACUAGCGCACCAAGUGAGAAUCGAACCCGGGUCACCGGAAUACGAGUCCCCCGCUCUACCGACUGAGCUAUCUUGCCUCCUGACUUUCUCUGUGAUUGUGUUCAUGAGAAAACAUCAGUACUGGGCCCCCAUAACACAAAGGUUAGGGAUUAAUCUUAAUUUGAAAGAGCAAUUUGUUCCUAGUCAGUCUACUGAGCGAAAUGUGCAUGCAAUGGUGAUCUUGACAGGCCACUUCAUUUAGCGAUUAACCGCUAACCUUUAUGUUACGGGCCCAGAAGUGUGAAUCGGUACCAGUUGAUGAAAAGGGUUCUCUGAGGGGGUUAUACAUGUAGUACCAAGCAGCCUCCGUGGAUAAGGGUUGUUUGCAAUCAAAACCAGGUCUCAUUCCCUCUCGCUUUUGUAAAAGGAUUUUGUACAGAACCUUCUCUAUGCCGAUGGCACCAAAACUAUGCCAUCAUUAUCUAAGUGUGUUUAUUGCUGUUAUCAAACUAUUCACUAAAAUCAGAUUGAAAAGGAAAAAUGGUUCUAGAUUUAAGACUGGGAGCAUUUAAACUGAAAUAGGAAAAUGAUCUGAAAUCUUUAAUAUUUGUGAACAGAUUCUUUAUAUACUCUGACUAAAGGGGAAUGGGUAUUCCUUGUGUGGAUAAAAAACACAAAAUGCUUAUUUGAAAAACUAGUCAUAUCAAAGUAACUGCAGUUUUCGUAGAAAGAAACAUUAAUUUUAAACCCAAUUUCUUCUCUCUUUAAUGUAUUAUAAAAUUUGGAUGAAAGAAUUUUCAUUUUGAAAUGACCACAUAAAUUCAAGGCUGAAAUGCCUCAUGCAUACAUAAUAACCACCUCUCCUCCGCGCAAGAAAGGGGCUAGAUGUUUAGUAUUGAUUCCGCAGUAUUAUACACUGUUGGUAAAUGUUGUAAAUGUUAUGUAAUUAUUUAUUAAUGUGUUCUCGGUUGUAAGAAUAAUUCAUAUGCACAAUGUUUAUAUUUUAUUUGUAUAGAUCCAAAAUGUAUUUCUUUGAUUUUUAAAAGAAUUAUGCAAUAUAGAAUUAUACAAAUUUAUUUUUU